AUGGAAAGAGAAAAUGCUCGUCUUAGGGGAAAAUUAAGGAGAAGGGAAGAAGAAUUUCAAAUAAAUUUAGGACAACAACAAAUGGUGCAACAAGUCGUUCCUCUAGCGCAGUUACUACAGUUCGUAGAACCACGCUACGAGGCGGUAUAUGAACGCUUUAGGAAACAGCAACCACCGAACUUUGAUGGCAGGUCAGACCCAAUAGAAGCAGAAGAAUGGCUUCGAUCAGUGGAGUCCAUUCUAAAACAUAUGCGGCUGGAAAACGAAGAUCGAAUCUCAUUGUUAAACAAGAAGUAUUACUAUCCUGCGAUUCUAGCCACAAGGGUGGACGAAUUCAUCGCGCUUACUCAAGGAAAUUCAACUGUGACGGAGUAUGCUGGGAAGUUUGAUAGGCUGGCUAAGUUCGUGGCGAACAUGGUACCCACCGAGACGCUAAGAAUUCAAAGAUUCAGGAAGGGACUGAAAUCUAUGAUAGCCCGUGACGUGAAGUUGAUCCGGGGGAUAACCACUUAUGCGGAAACAUUAGAGGUAGCCUUGGAAGCUGAGCAGGCUGAAGAAAGAAUCUGGAAAGAAGGUGCGGCCAGAAGGGACGCCAAAAAGAAUAAUGAUUAUCAGAACGACCACAAACGAAAACAUGACGAUGGUCAAAAUCAGAAAGUCGACAAGACAAAUAAGAGUGCAUCAGAAAAUAAUGGGAAUAAGAAGCCCUAUGUGGAAUAUCCCCAGUGCCCUAUCUGCAGGAGGAAGCAUUUAGGAGAAUGCCGAUAUAGGACGAAAGGUUGUUUCAAUUAUGGAGAUGAAGGACACAUUAAAAAGGAUUUCCCAAAGUUGAAGGAUCGAAGGAAAGAUGAUAAGCUAAGGUCAGCCAGAGUUUUGCUCUUACUAGAGGUGAAGUAG